AUGGCUAGAAAAGUUUCCAAACAUUCAAGAGCGGCCAGAAGGGGCGAGCUUGCUAUGGAUGCAGAAAUAAAGUCCUUGGAGAACAUUCCCACGGCACAGGAGACAGACGUCGCCAACAGUAUAAUAAGAGCCACCGCUAAGAAUGAGAGUCUAUUAUCACAGAAAAUGAACAAGAAAAGAGGAUCCAAGAACAAAAUCUCAAAGGAAUCACUUUCAAAGUCCUCCCGCUCAUUCAGAGUGGAUUCUGGUGGAAGGUUGUCGACCAAAAUCCAACACAGCAUAGAAAGAUUCAAGAAUGUCCAAUUUCUGAGAAAGUCGUCUUGGGACACCAUUGAUAAAGUAACCAAGGAAGAGCUCGAAAAACUGAGAGAUGACGGGUUUGAAGUGGUCAGCAGGAAUAGAAAGACAAAAGCCCAGAGGCAGGAGGAUAAUGACAAGGAACUUUUGGACAGCAUGGAAGUGGAAACAUUUGGACAAGUAGAGGAAAAAGAGAAAGAAAAAGAAAAAGAAGCACUUGAAAAGGAAAAGUCAAGUAAUCCUUACUCGUUGCUGGUGUCUGAUGAGGAGGCAUGA